CGGGACACAAAGCUGGUGGGGCAGAAUUCAGGGGAGCACACCAUUUCUGGAGCUGCUGCCUGUAACAACUGCGGAAUAAAACAAAAGUCGUAUAUAAUGGAAGAAAAGUCGUAAUUAUAAAGUUAUGUACGCGAGUCAGGUGUUUAGAAAAACGCAGGGAAAAACGGUGGACACUUUUUUUGUUGUUGAUUGUUUGAGUUUUAAAUGCUGAGGAAAUCAAUCACCCCAUGUCUCGAGCCACUACGCCGGUGGUGCACAGUCUACGGCGGCGAAGGACUGGCGUGAUCAGGCCAGCAAUCGGCCUAGUCAAGUGACUCCCAAAGUGUCAGAUAUAGCUUGCUCGCCAGCUAGCUAACUUGCUGAUUUACUUUUGUCAACCAACGUCGUUGACGUCCCUGAUAUGGCAAUUGCAAGUUGCUGUUUUCAAAUUGUGGCUACUGCUAGCCAUUGUUAAUCGACUUUUUAGCUAACAUUAGCAAACUACCUUACUAGCUGUCUAGCUAGUUCAGCUACCAGUUGGCUAUGUUGGACUGAGCUAGCUAGCCAGUAAACACAGCUUGCGAGUUCCAGUUUUUAAACUAGAUUUAUUUCCGUUUUAGGUCCGCCAGUGUCUUGGCAAGUUGUGUCAUGUAAGAUUAUUUUCCUUCGUGUACGCGUGUCUUGCAUAUUAUUCUUUUUACAUUUUUACAUUCAGUUUUAAUGAAUAACUAGUUAGCCAGUUAGCAAUGUCUCUGCCAUCCGCCGAUAUGAUCGAAACUCCCCCUGGAUAUCCAUUUGAAGAAAUAGAUUAUGUGGAUAUUGAAGUUGAAGAGGUCGUGGGGAGAGGUGCAUUUGGUGUUGUCUGCAAGGCCAAAUGGAAAGGCAAAGACGUCGCAAUCAAGACAAUUGAGAGUGAAUCUGAAAGGAAAGCAUUCAUAGUUGAGCUGCGACAGCUUUCACGUGUGAAUCACCCCAACAUUGUGAAGUUGUAUGGCUCAUGCAAUAUUCCGGUCUGCCUGGUGAUGGAAUAUGCUGAAGGGGGGUCUCUGUACAAUGUGCUGCAUGGUGCUGAACCCCUCCCCUAUUACACUGCUUCCCAUGCCAUGAGCUGGUGUUUUCAGUGUUCCCAAGGGGUCGCCUAUCUCCAUGGCAUGAAACCAAAGGCUCUCAUUCACAGGGACCUCAAGCCACCCAACCUGCUCCUGGUUGCCGGUGGCACCGUGCUGAAGAUAUGUGACUUUGGGACAGCGUGUGACAUUCAGACCCACAUGACCAACAACAAAGGAAGUGCUGCUUGGAUGGCCCCAGAGGUGUUUGAAGGCAGCAAUUACAGUGAGAAGUGUGAUGUGUUCAGCUGGGGCAUCAUUCUCUGGGAGGUGAUCACACGCAGGAAGCCCUUUGACGAGAUUGGAGGGCCGGCCUUCCGCAUCAUGUGGGCUGUGCAUAACGGCACCCGGCCACCGCUCAUCAAGAGCCUACCCAAACCCAUUGAGAGCCUGAUGACCCGCUGCUGGUCUAAAGACCCCUCCCAGAGACCCUCCAUGGAGGAGAUAGUCAAGAUCAUGACCCAUCUUAUGCGAUGCUUCCCAGGAUCUGAUGAACCCUUGCAAUAUCCGUACCAGUCUUCAGAUGAAGGACAGAGUAGCUCGGCCACCAGUACAGGUUCCUAUGUGGAUUACACUUGCAACAGCAACAAGAGUGACACAAACAUGGAGCAUGGGGACUCUCCAGGGAGCAACGACACCAUCAAGAUCACACCUCAGUUUGCUCAUCAGUUCAGGCCAAAGGUAGACCCAUUGUGGAGCCUGCCUCUGUCCAGAGGGAGCAGUGUUGAGAGCCUGUCGGAGCGAACCCACAGUCUGCUGCCCUCAGAGAGCAAAAGAAUGAGCGCAGACCUGUCAGAGCUGGAGCACAGGGUGCCUUUCGCUCCCACAGCACGUCCCCAGUAUAAACGAGGCCACCGUAAAACGGCGUCAUUUGGCACCAUUCUGGACGUUCCCAAGAUCGUCGUCACAGCCACCUGUGAGGCGCAGAGACGGAGAUCUGUACAGGACCUCCCUGGGGUCGGCACAGAGUCCAGCCAGGGGAGCCGGAACAGCAGCAGGUCCUCCAGUCCCAGUGUGAGGAUGAUGCCGCCUGAUAAGUCCAGCAGCAGAGGCUAUAGCUUCUCUCCCGAUGACCCCACAGAUACCAACGGCUCAGACAACUCCAUUCCCAUGGCAUAUCUCACUCUGGACCACCAGCUGCAGCCCCUCGCUCCUUGCCCAAACUCCAAAGAGUCCAUGGCUGUGUUUGAGCAGCACUGUAAAAUGGCCCAGGAGUACCUAAAAGUGCAGACAGAAAUCGCCUUGCUGAUCCAGAGAAGGAAGGAGUUGAUCGCUGAACUGGACCAAGAUGAGAAGGACCAGCAGAACACGUCCCGCCUGGUCCAGGAGCACAAGAAGCUGCAGGAGGAGAAUAAGUCUCUGUCCACCUACUACCAGAAGUGCAAAAAGCAGCUGGAACUGAUCCGCGCCCAACAACCGAAGAGACAGGGCACCUCAUGAUGAUCCACAAACUGGCCCCUACCUGGCUCAUGCUGCAGAGACACAAACAAACUGUCCCCAUGUCAUAUCCCCUGUUCUCUUCCUCUCCUGAUCUGGGUCACCUGUAGUCUGGUCUGAAACCCAAACCUCUACUGUCCUGGGUCACCUUUAGUCUGGACUGAAACCCAAACCUCUACUGUCCUGGGUCACCUGUAGUCUGGACUGAAACCCAAACCUCUACUGUCCUGGGUCACCUGUAGUCUGGACUGAAACCCAAACCUCUACUGUCCUGGGUCACCUGUAGUCUAGACUGAAACCCAAACCCUACCUGCAAAGCAUUUGCCACUAUCUCUCUCCCCCUCCCUCUGCCCUAUGAAAGCUAUGAUCUCAACCUAGGUGCCCCCGCCCACCAGCACCUGGGCCCUGUAGGUUCCAGUGGAUCUUGUUUUACCUUGUACUGUAAAGAGACCUGUGUUUUACUGUAUACCUGCAUGUUGCGUCAUAGACACACUGCUGAUAACAUGGAAUGGACAAUAAGGUGUGCACUCAAGCAGGCUGUUAUGGAAAGUCUCUGUGUGUCCAUAUGUUUGCACAUCUUUACAGUGUAUUCUUUGAUAGCAGACCAAAACAAUCAGCAUCCAUCUACCCUCUCUGUCCAUAAAGAGCUGUAGUCCUGAGGUUGUGAUUGCCCUAGGUUCAGUGAACACAGAGGGCAGAGGAGUGGGCUUCUAGCCCUCAAUGGUCAGCCAUCCUUUGGGUCAGAAAGGAUGCUUCUUGAGGUGUGAGUCCUGUACAGUAACCUCCUAUUGCCUUGUGUUCCACUGAGCCUGAUGGGAGGGGAGGCCAGUGAGGGGUGUGAAAUAUGUUUCUCUCUAUUGCUCUCAGGGCCCCUCGGACCCUCCCCUGGGCUGCCUGGUCAGUGUGUGUGUGUGUGUCCUCCCACAGUCCAGUCCUCCCAUUGGUUAGUCCGACCCUGACCUGUCUUCCUUACUGGCUAGUGGCCAUGUGUCCUUGAGAAUGUGAAAAACAAAGAUGGACGUGUGAGUUACGUUCAGAAUUUGGAGUUUUUAAUGAAUUACGAACUGAAUUUGGCAUUUUUUAAUGAAUUACGAGCAGAAUUUAUUUGACUGUGAUCACUAAGUUCUAAGUGUGUUUUUUACCCUCUUAGGCAGAAAUAGCCACCCUUGUAUCUAUAUAAUGUAGACGUCUCCGUUCUCACUCCUAGUUCUUAUGGCAGCAUAACCCCUUACAGAAGAAAUCCACCACAACCUAUCUGAAAGUAUUUCAUGUAAGUUGCAUUCAUUUUAACGGGGGAUGUAUUUUAGAUAUGCCUUGCGUAUCCAUGAUGUGUCUGUGGAUAAAAAAAAGAAUGUCUUGGCUUGUUAAAAGUACCUGUAUUGAAACGUGGGUUGGGUCUCAAACAGAGAUGCGAUAUUUAUAGGCCGCUUUCAACAACAACAACACAAGCAAAAUUAUGAGACUUUUAUUUUUUCAACCUGCUUAAGUAAAACAAACUUUGUAUGAGGUUGAAAGUGCAACAUGUUUAUCAUGACUUCAGUAUUUUGUGUUUCUUUGUCUUUUAUUAUUCUAUAGUUUUACUUUGUAUAAGUAAGACACCGUUUUUGUGUUAGGGAUUAUAAUUUUAUCUGGUAUGGGAAUAUACAGUGCAUUCGGAAAGUUUUCAGACCCCUUGACUUUUUCUAUAUUUUGUUACGUUACAGCCUUGUUCUAAAAUUGAUUCAAUAAAAACAUUUCCCUCA